UCUGAAGAAAGUAGAGAAGAUGAGUCGGAAACCUAAAAUAAUUGUCUUUGAUUUGGACUAUACUUUAUGGCCGUUUUGGGUUGACACUCAUUUUACUCCUCCUUUUAAAAAGAAAGGAAGUGUUAUAGUAGAUGCACAUGGUAAAAUAAUACAUUGUUAUAAAGAGGUACCUGCUGUUUUGAAAAGGUUAUCAGAUGAAGGUUAUGAACUUGGUGUUGCUUCUCGUACGUCAGAAAUUCAGGGUGCUAACCAAUUAUUAAAUUUAUUUAAUUGGGAACAGUAUUUUAAGUAUAAAGAGAUAUAUCCAGGAAAUAAACUAACUCAUUUUUCUAAAAUUCAAAAGGCAUCAGGCAAUGAUUAUAAGGAUAUGAUAUUUUUUGAUGAUGAACACAGAAAUAUUGUGGACGUGAACAAACUUGGUGUUACUUGCAUAUUUGUAAGAGAUGGUGUAUCACACACAGUCGUAGAGAAUGCCUUAAAAGAUUUUUAA